UUCAAAGAGGCAGAGUAUUAAUGCAAAAGUGAAAACAACAUCUUGCGUUGCGAACGCUGGUCGUUGUCCCUGUCCUUCUGUGUUAAAACACUUUACAUUUAUUUAUAAAAUGGAAACUAAUAACAUUUAUUGAUUUUUACUUUAUUUUUCCCCUUGUUUCUAAAUUGUGAAGUAGUUAACACACUCUAAACAUUGAGCUAACAUGGCGGGACAAACUUUUCAUGAUAGACUUGUAGCUGCUAAGCACACUAUUUAUGGCCAAAACGUGGAAAAAGCCGUAUGUAAAGCAACGACUGAAGAAAUUAUUGGACCUAAAAAGAAACACUUGGACUACUUGAUCCACUGUACAAAUGAACCUAAUGUGUCAGUCCCAGAAUUGUGCAACUUCCUCAUUCAAAGAACCCAACAAUCAUCCUGGGUGAUGGUUUUUAAAUCUCUAAUAACGGCUCAUCAUUUGAUGUGUUAUGGCAAUGAGAGGUUUAUUCAGUGCAUGGCAACGUCCAGUUGUUCGUUUCAUCUUAGUAAUUUUGUGGAUAGAAAUGCACCACAAGGUUAUGACAUGUCUACUUUUGUAAGAAGAUAUGCUAAAUAUUUAAAUGUAAAAGCAUCUACUUAUAGAAUCAUGGGUGCAGAUUUUUGUAAAAUGAAGCGAGGGAAAGAGGAAGGUGUUUUGAGGAACAUGAAUACAGAAUCAUUAUUAAAAACUCUGCCUAUCCUUCACGAACAGUUAGAUGCUUUGAUUGACUUUGAUUGCAAUCCUGAUGAUUUAACAAAUGGAGUUAUGAACUCUUGCUUUGUAUUAUUGUAUCGAGAUCUUAUCCAAUUAUUUGCUGCUUAUAAUGAUGGCAUUAUCAAUCUAUUUGAAAAAUAUUUUACCAUGAAUAAGAAACAUUGCAAAGAGGCCUUAGACAUAUACAAAAAAUUUAUUGUUGCAAUGGAUAAAGUGUCAGAUUUCUUAAAAGUGGCAGAAAGUGUAGGUAUUGACAAAGGGAGCAUACCUGACUUAACAAAAGCUCCCUGUAGUCUUUUAGAAGAAAUGGAAAAUCAUUUGACAUUUUUGGAAGGGAAAAAAGCCCAGACAACUUCAAGGACAACUUCGAUUCAAUCAGCUGUAUCGGCUUUGAAUUCAACUGGUUCAGCAUUUACAAAUAGUAUUACUAGUGCUCAUGAAUUGAAUGGCUUAACAGUUGAUGAAAGUAUGCGAAGAGCUGUUGAAGAAGAAGCUGCUAUAAUGAAUCAGCUAAAGUCAUAUGAAGAGGUGGCUUCUUUAAGUAUAGAUUGGGAAACAAUGGAACAAAGAUUAAAAGAAUUAGCCACCAAACCAGUUGAAUCCAGUCGAAAAGUACCGAGUCCCAUACCACCACCUUCUGUUUCAUCCUCUGUAUCUUUGAGUCCACCAACUAAACCUAAAGAGACUGCUGCUGUUGCUGAAACAACACCAGCUAAGCCAACAUCUAACAAUGCUGCUGAUUUGAUGUCUCUUAAUACAACCUCGGGUGAAACUUUUCUAAGAGGUCAAGCUGCUUUUCCUCAGGUGCCUUUUACAAAUAUGGGAAUGGAUGGUGUUAGGCAGGGUUUUCCACCUGAAUAUGUUGGAGAUGUUUCUUUCAAUACAGCUUUUCCUGUUGUUCCCCAACCAACUGAUACUGGAGCUCCAUUUGAUCCAUUUGGAGAAGUAUUGCAACCAAAAUCCUCGGUUAGUCCAACUUCAACUCCAGUUCCUGACGAGAGUGAAUCUAAGUCAUCACCGACAUCUGCCAAACUCAUAUCAUCCGAUUUGGAUUCUAGCUUACAGACUCUAGUCCAGAAUCUAGAUAUUAAUGGACCAAAGAAACCUGUCAAACCCGGUGGUCAUCAAUGGGGAUCUCCAAAAACUUCAUCUCGGACAGGAGGAGCGAAUUGGAGCCCAGCUUCUGCACCUGGCUCAAAUUUUGCUGUACCCCAGGCUGUACCUCCUAUGGGUGUAGGAGUUUCUCAAGGCAUGGUUGGCAUGGUGAAUGUGCCUGGAUAUGGCUAUCAGCCUGCUAUUUUACCAACUACAAUGAUGGCUCAACAGCCUUAUAGGAUGCCUGCUGUGUGGCCUACAGGUGUUCCAGUGUAUGCUGGUCAACAGCCACAAAUGGUUCACCCGCAAAUGCAGGCACAAGUGAUGUAUGGAACACCAUCACCUCAGCAUACUGUGAUACAGGGGACUCCCACAGCUGGUUCUGUGGCAGGCCGUCCUCCUUCAAAUGAUCCUUUUGGAGUAUUGUGAAGAGAAACAUACUAGUCUAAAGAAGUUGGUGGAUCUGCUGUUGGUACUUUAUUGCUCUACGCUGAUUAUACUUGGGUGGAAAUCAGACACCAAUAAUAAUUUAUAAACAGAGCGUGGUGCUACUGUUCCAUUAUUCUUUUCCGUGUACUUCAAAUUCUUUCAAGAGUACUUAACCUAUUUAUUGGCUAGAGUACUGACAUAAUUUAUUUUGAUGUUGACUAACACAUAUUUGGUUAGUUCAGUCCUACAGCAAAAUUGUUUUGCGAAUAAAAUAUCAUGACAUGUGAAUAAAAGGGAUAUUAAUAUCAUCCAUUUUUAGAUAAAUUUUUUUAUUUAGAUAUCUUUGAAAACUCGAGUGAUUGUUUCAAAAAUUCUAUAAUGUCUAUAUUUUUGACUGCUGCUUAUUUACAAUGUUAUGCAUCAAGACGCUUGUUGAUUUUUUCGUCUCAUGUUGUUAAUUAGGGAAUAAAGAUUUUACAUAAACUCUAUGAACAUAAGUACUUAUAUAUACAUAUAUUGCAAUAAUGUGUUGGUUGUACUACUAUGUAUUGUGUACCUGAGUUCAAAUAUUUUCCAUGUGUAUAGUUCUUAGAACUUUUAUUAUUAGUAUUUUUAUUAAAGUAAUCAAAAUGUGUAAAUUACUUGUACUCAAUGUAAUCAUAUCAUUGCAGUACAUCUGUAUGAAACGGUAUUAUAAUGAAAAUAUUUUAUGGAUAAAUUAGAAGACCCACAUUUUAAAUUAAUGAUGUAAUCCUAUUUUCCAACAAUGUAUCCCAUCCAACUAUUUUUAACCCUUUUUGUCUCAUGUUCAUGAUUUUCGAACUUAGUGCCAUUCACCCAUUGAACUCAACAUAAAUAAGAAGUGUAUUAUACAUGUAAAAAAUGUUCUUAAGCAAUACAGAGUUGUUGCUGUUAGAAAUACAAGGGUCGCUACACAUGGUCACUCUCAAUACUGUCUGGUAUGUACAGCCAUAGUUAUAGUUGACGUAAUGUUGUCACAUUUUUUUGUUUACUUUAUUGUUUUUUUAUUAGUUUAUUUAAUAGUGAAAUAUUUUAUGUUGGCUUAUUUUGAAAGAGAUAAGAAAAAAACAAGCAUAGUUUUUUCCUUCCUUCCAUUAUUAUCGAGCUGAAAUCAUUUAGCACAUUCCAUAUUUAGACUACUGAAAGUUUGUUACUGAAUGCUGCUAUAUGCAAACUAUGAUGUUUACAUUUCAGCUUUGUUGAUAUUGCACUAAUGGGUUGAAGAUAAAUAAAAAUAUUGUUUAUUCUUUUCA